UAUGAGAUAUCAAUGCAACCUACUACUAUCGACAGCAACCGCGCUCUUCUUGCUAGCUAAUAAAUACCUUGAGACCAGAGCGGGCACCGGUUAUCUGACAGAAGUAGUCAGAAAUGGAUUAUGCAGUGACCCAGAAAGGCUUCAGACAUCAGCCCAAUGUACGUCUACGAAAUAGCUCCAUGGAAGUUUCCGAUGGCAACCAGUUGUUUGAGGACACAAGUGGCUGUGGUUCAGAGACAUCCCAUCAUAGAAACCAACGGAGCGGGCCUCAGGCGGCAGGUUUUCCGGGUCAGUCCAUGCUCUCAGAGCCCAUGUCGAACCUCGCCAUGGCUUAUGGCAGCUCGCUGGCAUCUCAAGGGAAGGAAAUGAUGGACAAGAAUCUGGACAGAUUCAUCCCCAUUUCCAAGCUGAAAUACUACUUUGCAGUGGACACGGUGUACGUGGGAAAGAAGCUGGGUCUUCUAGUUUUCCCUUACAUGCAUGAGAACUGGGAGGUGAGCUACCAGCAAGAUACCCCUGUGGCACCGCGCUUUGAUGUCAACGCUCCUGAUCUCUACAUCCCCGCCAUGAGCUUCAUCACGUACGUGCUAGUGGCCGGGCUGGCACUGGGCACACAGAAUAGGUUUUCUCCCGAGCUGCUGGGAGGUCAAGCGAGCUCGGCACUGGUGUGGCUCAUAAUGGAAGUCCUAGCAGUCCUCUUGUCACUCUACCUCGUGACCGUCAACACUGACCUCACCACCAUCGAUCUGCUCGCCUUCGCUGGAUACAAAUAUGUAGGAAUGAUCGUUGGAGUAGUUGCAGGACUGAUAUUUGGGAGGCCAGCCUACUAUCUCUCUUUACUGUGGUGUUGUGCUGCCAUCUUUGUAUUUAUGACCCGCACGCUUCGUCUGAAGCUUUUGUCAGAGGCGGCGGCAGAGGGGAGGCUGGUGAGAGGAGCCAGAAACCAGCUGAGGAUGUACCUCACAAUGUCUAUAGCGGCGGCCCAGCCUGUUUUCAUGUACUGGCUUACCUAUCACCUGGUCAGAUAAUUGCAUCCAAGACAUGAACAUACAGAUGCUGCCUAUGUCGAAAGCAGACUGUCAGGGUAAAACUCAAGGUAGCGCUCCAUCUCUCCAUGGAGUUCGACACCACAUGUGACAACAAGAGAGAAAGUGUUUUUUUUAAUGCCUUUACCUCUCACAGCACAGUGUUUUUUUUGUACUGCGGUAUUUUUGUUCUAUAAACGUUUACGUUGUUUUUCUACAAUGUGUAAUUAAUUGUUAAUUUUAUUUUUUUUUGUAAUAUUUAAAUGUGUUCUGUACGUUUGUUAGAUGCCGGUGUGUACAAGUGAUAUCCUUCUGAGUUGACUCUGUGUACAUCUCACACACUAACCAAACACUGUGUCCUUACAAUUCAAUGGAAGCUAAAGCACAUUCAAGAAUUUGCCCUGAUUUUAUGAUGAAAUUCUGAACAAAUUUCUCAUCUUUGAUCAUUUAAUCUGAAGUAAAAUGCAGUCUUUCUAGUCCGUUUGUGUGCUUGCGCGCACCCCUUGUAACUUUUGUCUCCUUAGUGUCCACACGCUUGGCUUCCUGGUGGUGAAGCCGUGUUAGAUCUCAUCAUAAAGUAGUGAUGUAUCUAUAUCCUUUUAAGAACUAAUGUAAAUUAUUUGUUGCUUUUCUUAUUGAAAGACAGCUGGAAUA